AUAUCGACGAGUGUCGGAUUUCUCCCGACCUGUGUGGACAGGGCAGGUGUAUAAACACACCAGGAGACUUCGAGUGCGAGUGUUUUGAAGGAUACGAAAGCGGCUUCAUGAUGAUGAAGAACUGCAUGGACAUCGAUGAGUGUGAGAGGAACCCUCUGCUGUGCCGAGGAGGCGAGUGUGUGAACAGCGAGGGCAGCUUCCAGUGCGUCUGCCCCGAGGGUCAUGAGAUCGCACCUGAUGGUUCCGCCUGUCUAGAUAUUAAUGAGUGUGAACUGAGUGACAGGCUGUGCAGGAACGGUCAGUGUGUCAACAUGAUUGGACGUUACCAGUGCGCCUGCGACACCGGAUACAAGUCAACUGAAAACAGACUGGAGUGUGUGGUACACAUCGAUGAGUGUACCAUUGAAAACGGCGGCUGUGAGACGUUUUGCACCAACUCCGAGGGCAGCUACGAGUGCAGCUGCCACAGUGGAUACGCCCUGAUGCCCGAUCUGAGGAGCUGCACUGACAUCGAUGAGUGUGAGGAGAGUCCAGACAUCUGCGACGGAGGCCAGUGCACCAACACUCCUGGGACCUUCCAGUGUCUGUGCUUCGACGGCUUCAUGUCGUCUGAGGAUAUGAAGACCUGUCUGGAUGUGGAUGAGUGUGAGCUGAACCCAAACAUCUGUCUGAGUGGGAACUGUGAGAACACCAAAGGCUCCUUCAUCUGCCACUGUGACCUGGGAUACUCUGUCCGCAAAGGAACCACGGGCUGCACAGAUAUCAAUGAGUGUGAGAUCGGAGCCCAUAACUGUGACCGACCGCCACCUGCCAACACGGCCGGCAGCUUUAAAUGCAACUGCGCUCCAGGAUGGAUUGGCAACGGACUCACGUGCACAGACCUGGACGAGUGUUCCAACGGAACGCACAUGUGCAGCAACAACGCAGACUGUCUGAACACCAUGGGCUCGUACCGCUGCGCAUGCAAGGACGGCUUCUCUGGAGACGGAUUCUACUGCUCAGACAGUGACGAGUGUGCAGAGAACACUAAUCUGUGUGAGAGUGGUCACUGUCUGAACAUGCCGGGCGGUUUUCGCUGUGAAUGUGACAUGGGUUUCAUUCCUACUGCUGAUGGAAAGGCCUGUGAGGACAUUGAUGAAUGUACCUUCGCUGGUAUCUGUGUUAACGGACAUUGCCGGAAUAUUCCAGGCCUUUUCAGAUGUGAAUGCAACAUCGGUUAUGAACUUGACAGAAGCGGAGGAAACUGUACAGAUAUCAACGAUAGUGUGCGGACCCAACCAUCGUAUUAACGGAGUGUGUGUGAACAUCCUGGAAGCUAUCACUGUAACUGCCCCCGAGACUUCGAACUCAACCCCACCCGUGGCUGUGUGGAUACUCGUUCUGGAAGCUGCUAUCUGGCCGUACGAUCCAGAGGAGACGCGUCUGAGAGCCUUGACUGCUCCAAUGAGAUCGGCGUGGGUGUUUCCAAGGCGUCCUGCUGCUGCUCAUUGGGUAGGGGCUGGGGAAACCCCUGUGAAUCCUGCCCCUCCGUCAACUCCAAGUAAUACAAGACGCUGUGUCCUGGAGGAGAAGGCUUCAGACCCAACCCCAUCACCGUCAUCUUAGAAGACAUUAAUGAAUGCCAGGAGCUGCCAGGCUUGUGUCAAGGAGGCCAGUGCAUUAACACCUUUGGGAGUUUCCAGUGUGAAUGUCCCCGAGGUUAUGCACUCAACAUAGAGACCAGAGUCUGCGAAGAUAUCAAUGAAUGUGAGCGUCCUGGAAUCUGCGGCCCAGGCCAGUGCUACAACACCAUCGGGAACUACACCUGUAUCUGUCCGGUGGACUACAUGCAGGUCAACGGAGGGAACAACUGCAUGGACAUGAGGAAGAGCUACUGCUACAGGAACUUCUACUCCGACAACAGGACGUGCGAUGGAGAACUCACCUUUAACAUGACCAAGAAGAUGUGCUGCUGCUCCUACAACAUCGGCCGUGCGUGGAACAAACCCUGUGAACAGUGUCCUGUGCCCAGUACCGAUGAAUUUGCCAUCCUGUGUGGCAGUGAGAGACCAGGGUAUUACAUCGAUAUCACCACUGGACGAGUGAUUGAUAUUGAUGAGUGCAGGGAAAUCCCAGGAGUGUGUGAGAACGGAGUGUGUAUCAACAUGAUCGGCAGCUUCAGGUGUGAGUGUCCCAUCGGCUUCAUCUACAACGACAAACUACUGAUAUGUGAAGAUAUUGAUGAAUGCCAGAAUGGGCCGGUGUGUCAGCAGAAUGCAGCCUGUCUGAACAUGCCGGGAAGUUACCGCUGCGAGUGCAAGUCCGGAUAUCGCUUCACACCCACUGGACAGUGUCUGGACCGUAAUGAAUGUGUAGAGAACCCUAGCGUUUGUAAUCCUGGUCAGUGCAUCGACACGUUGGGAAGUUUCCGCUGCAUCUGCCCCAACGGCUUCAAAACCACCCGGGACCAGUCCAUGUGUGUCGACACGGAUGAGUGUGAGCGACAACCCUGCGGUAACGGCACCUGUAAGAACACCGUGGGCUCCUACAACUGUCUGUGCUACCCCGGCUUCCAGAACUCACACAACAGCGACUGCAUAGACGUGGACGAGUGCUCAACCCAAAGAGGCCUGUGUCGAAACGGCCAGUGUGUGAACACGGUGGGCGCCUUCCUCUGCGUGUGUCAUGACGGAUACGAACUCUCCCUGGAUGGAAGGCUGUGUGUAGAUAUCAAUGAAUGUGCCGUUAAUCCAGGAACGUGUGGAGCAGGAACGUGUCUGAAUCUGGAUGGUUCGUACAGGUGCAUCUGCCCGCCGGGCUACUUCCUCCAUGAGGAAACCUGUGAAGAUAUUGACGAGUGCUCCCAGUCACCUGAGAUGUGUCUGUUCGGCACAUGUUCCAACACCGAGGGCAGCUUCACCUGCCUGUGUCCUGAGGGCUUCCAGCUCUCCGCCUCCGGACGCAGAUGUUUGGAUAACCGUGUGAACUACUGCUACACCAAGUUUGAGAACGGCCGCUGCCUGGCUCCAAAGCCUCAGAACACGUCCAAAGAAGCAUGUUGUUGUACCGUGAUGCCGGGUCAAGGCUGGGGAGACCCCUGUGAGAUCUGCCCCAGUAAAGGAGAGGAGGGGUACACUCUUCUGUGUCCCAAUGAGGGAUAUCAGCGUGGGGACGAUGAUGACCACCCUAAAGAUAUUGAUGAGUGCCUCAAUGACCCUUGCGUGAAUGGCCAGUGCAUCAACACAGACGGCUCUUUCCGCUGUGAAUGUCCAAUGGGAUACCGGCUGGACAUCAGUGGCGUCACAUGUAUAGACACAAAUGAGUGUGACAUCGGUAAUCCCUGUGGGAACGGCACCUGCACCAAUGUGAUUGGAGGAUUCGAGUGUGCCUGUGAUGAUGGAUUUGAGCCUGGUCCAAUGAUGACCUGUGAAGACAUUAAUGAGUGUGCCCAGAACCCUCUGCUGUGCGCCUUCCGCUGCGUUAACGUGGUGGGCUCGUAUGAAUGUAAAUGUCCGACGGGCUACGUGCUGCGGGAGGACAGGAGGAUGUGUAAAGACCAGAAUGAGUGUGAGGAUGGUGUGGAUGACUGUGCCAGCAGAGGCAUGACCUGUAAAAACCUCAUCGGUACAUACAUGUGCAUCUGUUCCCCUGGAUACACUCGACAGCCUGGAGGAGAAGGAUGCAUUGAUCUAAAUGAGUGUGCAGCCAAACCAGGCAUCUGCAAGAACGGCCGAUGUGAGAACACAGUGGGAAGUUACCGCUGCAGAUGUGACCAAGGGUUUGUCGCAAACCCCACACAGACGGAAUGUAUCGAUAACCGGGAGGGCUUCUGUUACACAGAGGUCCUGACCACGCUGUGUCAGAUGACGUCCAGUAACAGGAACAUGGUGACCAAGUCGGAAUGCUGCUGCGACGGCGGCAGAGGCUGGGGCAGUAACUGUGAGCUCUGUCCUCUGCCUGGAACCACCCACUACAAAAAGAUGUGUCCUCUGGGACCGGGCUACACCACCGACGGCAGAGAUAUUGAUGAGUGUCGUGUGAUGGGGAACCUGUGCAAAAACGGCCAGUGCAUCAACGCCUUAGGUUCCUACAGCUGCACCUGCAAACAGGGCUACACCACUGACAUCAGCGGCACUCAGUGUGUGGACGUGGACGAGUGCAUACAAGCACCAAAGCCCUGUAACUUCAUCUGUAAGAACACAGAGGGAGGCUACCUGUGCUCCUGCCCCAGAGGAUACAUCCUGCAGGAGGAUGGGAAGAGCUGCAGAGAUUUGGACGAGUGUUCGACUAAACAGCACAACUGUCAGUUCUUGUGUGUCAACACCAUCGGUGGAUUCACCUGUAAAUGUCCUCCAGGUUUCACGCAGCACCACACCGCCUGCAUUGACAAUAAUGAAUGUGCCUCGGACCCGAACCUGUGUGGUUCCAACGGCGCCUGCCAGAACACCCCCGGCAGCUUCAACUGCGACUGUCAACGGGGGUUCUCAUUGGACCCCAGUGGACAGAGCUGUGAAGAUAUGGACGAGUGCGACGGUAACCACAGGUGUCAGCACGGCUGUCAGAACCUGGUGGGCGGGUACCGGUGCAGCUGUCCACAGGGUUACCUGCAGCACUACCAGUGGAAUCAGUGUGUGGAUGAGAACGAGUGUCUGAACACUCAGAUAUGCGGGGGGGCGUCGUGCCACAACACCCUGGGAAGCUUCCGCUGCCUUUGUCCCACCGGCUUCAACUACGAGCAGAAUAACGGAGGCUGCAGCGACGUCAACGAGUGUUCCACCGCCCAGAACCCCUGCAAGUUCGGCUGCUCCAACACCGAUGGGGGCUACCUCUGCGGAUGCCCCCCCGGAUACUUCCGUGCCGGACAAGGACACUGCGUCUCUGGUCUGGGCUUCACCAGUGGAGGCUCCAGCACUGACCAAGGAGCUGAAGAAGACGAUAAUUCUCUGAGUCCUGAAGCCUGUUACGAAUGUAAGAUCAAUGGCUACCCCAAGAAGGGACGCAAACGCCGCAGCACCAAUUCCACUGAGGAAGACACUCAGCUGUCUGAUAAUGCCAUCAGUCUGGCCAGUGUGGACAUUGAGGACACCCUCCAGUUCCACCUGAACAUCAGCGACCUCAGUAACCGCGACCACAUCCUGGAGUUCACGCCGGCGCUGUCCACGCUCAGUGACCACGUGCGCUACAGCAUCGACUAUGGCAACGACGACGGACACUUCAAGAUCAACCAGCGAGAGGGCGUCAGCUACCUGCACCUGAGCAGAAAGAAGAGCCUGUCCCCGGGGGCGUACUCCCUGCAGAUCAGCAGCGUCCCCCUGUUCAGGAAGAAGGAGCUGGAGCAGCUGGAGGAGCGCCACGAUAAAGACUACCUCACAGGACAGCUGGGAGACGUACUGAAGAUGAGGGUGCAGAUCGUCCUCCAUUAACCAGCAGCAGCACAGAGAACAGCUGCUAACCCAGUGUCAGGCUCAAAUACCCCCACCCCAAAAAAAAACAAAAAAAAACAAAGGCCAAACAUCUCUGACUCUGGGUCAGCGGUUGGAAAGGCAACUGGGAGA